CUUUCCGCUACCAAUUUCCAUCACCGAUUUCCACUAAGGAUACCGCCACAUUGAGGAUUGAAUUUGACAUACAUACUAGGGAUCGAUGAUCCAAUCCAUCUACCGCCUUCCUUCUCCUUCCAUCCUCUAUCUCUACCUGUUCUGACAAACAACAACAACUACCAAUCCACGAUCCUCCUUUGGCAUAUCAACGACAUCAAAUCCACGAUGCAAUAGAUCUACUUCAUUCAUUUUUAUGUUCGAUUGCAACAAUAAACCGUUGAAUUGCAUUUGUGGAUCACCUCUAUUUGGCGAGGAUCUUAUACCGCCAAUGCUUUUUUUCCCAAUCACACCUCCGACUGCCACAAACUACACAAACACUAUCAUAUAUGGCUCCAACCUCCACAGUUCCCACCAAUAUAUCAAUUAUCAAGUUCGGUGUUCUCAGAUGGGUGGUUCUGCAAAAUGGAUUAAGUCCUUAAUCGGCUUCCAAAAGUCCAAUUCCAAUAGCUCCGAUCAAGAGAAGGUUGGGGGUAACAAAACGAGGUCAUGGAAGCUAUGGAGGAGCCCAUCAGCGGGAAGUUCUUCUGUUUCCUCAUCAAAAGGGAUAAAGGCAGGAGGUCGUUUGUCCACUUCUGAUGGUUCUCGUUCUGAAGAUGUUUCAUUUUCUGCUGCCAUGGCUACUGUGGUUCGAGCUCCGCCUAAAGAUUUCAUGUUCGUUAGGAAAGAAUGGGCUGCCAUCCGAAUUCAGUCCGUUUUUCGCUCUUUCUUGGCAAGACAAGCAUUACGCGCACUAAAAGCAUUGGUGAGGCUCCAGGCGAUAGUUCGAGGUCGGCUUGUUAGAAAGCAAGCUGACGUGACACUUAGGUGCAUGCAGGCUCUUGUUCGAGCCCAAGCUCGUGUUAGAGCUCAAUCAGCUAACACAACACAAGAAUUUCCUACAGCUUUGAGAAACCAUCUUUCUGCUGUCAAGCAAUCUGAGGGUGGAUGGUGUGAUAGUCGAGGAACAGCAGAGGAAGUGAGAGUAAAAGAACAAAUGAAGCAAGAUGGCGCUAAUAAGAGAAAUAGAGCUAAAGCUUAUGCCUUCUAUCAACAGAAACAAAGAGCAAAUUCCAACUCGAAGAGUUCUUCUCCAAGAUCUGGUAUGCAAAACUCUGAUUGGACAUGGUUGAAUGGUUGGAUGGCUGCAAAAUCCUGGGACAACACCGGUUCUUCAAAAUUUUCAUCUCAAAUCAAGAAUUAUGAUAAUCGUAGUGUUAAAUCUUGUUCUGAACAUGAAUCGAUGAAGAUAAAAAAGAAUCUAGUUUCAACUAGGGUUUCGUUGAAGCCGUUUAUGUCAAGUCCGCUUACACAAUCAUCAUCAACAAACCCAUGUUCUGGUUCUGUGUAUGAUGAAAGCACAACGUCAACGAAUUCUUCAUCUUCAACUUCAGAAACUCGAUUGUCAAGUGAAAGAAAACCAAGUUACAUGAGCUUGACGGAAUCCAUCAAAGCUAAAAGGAAAGGGCAAGGGCGUAAUUAUUUCUCAAAUGCAAGCCCACUUUCGAAGGGGGUAGCUGCAAGAAGGAGUGAUGAUUCUGAUCUUUAUUCAUCGGAAUUGGGUAAGGAUUUGUAUCCACCAUUGUUUAUUGAUAGAUACGAUGAAGUGAGGAGUCGAAGGGGUUGAUUGAAAAAGAUUUGGGAAUUUGGCUAAUUUUUUAAAAGUUCAACAGCUUGUUGUGUUACUUGGUUUUUACAUUGAUUCUUUAGCUCCAAUACAAGCUUAAAGGAAAGUCAGUUGGGAUUUGGAUCUUUUGGAUUUCUGUUUUCAUACAUAGAUUGGGAAGUGGGGAUUAUAGGAUUUGUUGAGAUAUGGUCUCAAUUUUCUUCAUUAUCUUUAAAGAACUUGCAUAGUACAGAAGUGAAAACUGUUAAUGCUUUUAUCUAAUGUAUGUUAUUUUGCGAAUUUUAUACCAAACAAAGAGUGCAUUUGCUUACAUAUCAAUGGUAGAUAUGCAUCAUUUGGAUGUUUGUUUACAAAGUUGUUAUGACUCUACAUUUUUCCCU